UGGGACUGUAGAUUCAUCUUCAUCAUAUCAGGCACACAAAAAUGGAUGAGAGAGCAGACUCGUCGGAGAACCCAAUGAGUCAUUUCAAUGGAGGCAGCUUCAACAUGUUCCCAGCGGAUUUCAUGCAAGAAACAGAAUUCGAAAAGUUCAUAUCUGGAUUUCGAGGGGAGAUUGCUGAUCCCAUCGAGAAAUUCUGUUUAGACUACGAAUGUAAUCACCUUACCGAGUCCUGCACGGAUCUUCAGCUGCUGCCGCUGCCGUAUGAAGCCGUCGUUACUGGUGGUGUUGGUAGCGGCAUUGGUGGUUAUGAUGCGAUGGGUCUGCAUUCAAACCUGAUUUGGAACCAGGAAGGACAAGACUUGAAGGAUUCUGUUGUUUUCGGAGAUGAUAAUUCGUCUGAAACUGCAACAACCGGUAAUCCUGAUACACCGACAAGGAGGAGUAGCGGUGGCGUAAAAGGAGAUCGGUCAAGGACUUUGAUUUCAGAGCGGAAGAGGAGAAGUGGGAUGAAGGAGAAGCUCUACGCGUUGCGUUCGUUGGUACCCAACAUUACUAAGAUGGAUAAAGCUUCGAUAGUUGGAGAUGCUGCAAGAUACAUUCAAGAACUUCAAACACAAGCUAGGAAUUUAAAGGCGGAGAUUGAAACAAUCGAAGCACUUGAAAACCAAAGAACGCCACCUCACAAUUCGAAGAAGAUUCAUGCUACAAACUCGUUUCCAAUACUGAAAAAGAUAUCCAAGAUGGACGUGUUUCAAGUAGAGGAAAAAGGAUACUACGUGAGACUGGUUUGCAAUAAAGGACGAGGUGUUGGAGUCUCGCUCCAUAAAGCACUCGAGUCAAUUACGAGCUUUCAUGUCCAAAACUCAAACUUGGCAACAGAUGGUGAUACUUUUGUGUUAGCAUUUAACUUAAACGUUACAGUGUGUGAGUUUGACAUCAACUUACCAAAUUUGAAGCUAUGGCUUGCUGGGGCUUUUCUUAACCAAGGGUUCGAAUUCAUCUCAUUUCCAUCGGCCUAAUGUUGAGGUGUUUUUAUGUGCGAGUAUUUUUUAACACUGGCACAAAUAGCACGAUUGGAAUAAAAAUGUAUUGUGUUUUCUUGCUAACGAGAAGUAAUGUUUUGUUGACAAGUGAUGGUUUAAUGGAUGUUGUAAG